AUUUUGUAUUAACAAUUUUGGCUCUAGUAAUUUUAAACGGAACGCCUAUCGGCAAUUCAUGCAGUUUGACAAUCGGCUGCUCAAAAUCACCUUCUGCAAGACAGGUUUGAUUCAGUUGACUUAAGUCCAUCUAUAAAUUAUUAUUAAUUAUUUUAUCUCAAAAUUAAAAAAAUAAAAAAAACUUACGCUUAAGAUUGCUGCUAUUCUAUUUGCGGUUACGGGUUGAGAGUACUAAGAUGAUCUUUAGGAACUUUAUAAAAUAAUAACAAAUGUUAAAGAAUUAAAAUAAGACAAUAAAAAAGGUACUUACUGCUUUUUUGUACGAACACCAAACCACUAAGUUAGCUUCCACGUUGCACGAAUAAUACCAAAAACAACUACUGACAAAACAGAGAAAAAUGAGAUGUAUUUAUACGGUGCGAGAAUACUUUCUAAAAGUUAACAAACGAAGACACCUCCACAUGCGUUGCAACAAAUUUUUCCCAUUACGUUAAUCCCACGGAGCAAAUAUAAAGGGGGCAAUUAAUUAUUAUUCUCAACAAGCAAAACAACUUGACAUUUAGACUCGGCGCGUUUUGAAAUUCCACAUCCCAUACGGAGAUUGUAAAAAAUGAAAGCAAGUUGGCCUUGAUCUUUUGCGGCAACAUACGUUCGUCCAACGUCCGAAACGGUUGCGUUCCCGUGUGAAAGCGUGUUGACCUUGAGACUUCUACCUGCACGGUUGUCUGGCGACAACAUCGCGUCUAUUCAAAUCGGCGUUGGUGCUUGUGGGUAGAAGACCUUUCGACUUUUAAUUCAACCAUGGAAGGGAGUGCAUGUGUAUAAAUACGUUGCAUGUGUAUUAUAGACUAUAUUCAGUGCAAUGAAUACAGAAGUGCGAUGUCCAUUUCCCUACGACCCUACAACUGAAAAAAUCGCGGUUUGUCCGUAUGACAAGUCGCAUAUUAUGUUGGCGCAUCGCUUAGGGCGUCACAUAUUCAAAUCACACAAAGAGUACCGGGGGUUAGAAUUCCCGGUACGACAUGAAACGACAAGGGAACAUCACCAGCAGCAGGAGCAACCCGGUGGAUCAAAAGAAACAAAGGAGCAGCAGGAGUACCCGGGUGGGUGGUCGACGGAGUGGGACGGCGAGGAGUGCACUUCGUAUUUAGAUUUCCUCCGGGAACGGGAAGAAGAACAACGCAAGGAACAGGAACAAUGGGAUGGUCGACUGAAUCGACAUAAAAAGAAGAAGAAACUCCUCGCCAGACCAAUUUUAUAAAUAAAAUAAAAUAAAAUGUAUUAAAAUUCAAGUUUAUUUAAUUAUCCUCCCGAUCCACCGCGUCACCGCGCCGCACCGUCACCGCCCUCUACCGGGGGGGCCUACGACGGUCGGAGCGCGCGACAUCUAGCAGCGACGGGCGGAACCGGGGCAAAACAGGACGCUACACAAGCUGGCGACACAAGCGCGCGACAUCUAGCAGCGACGGGCGGAACCGGGGCAAAACAGGACGCUACACAAGCUGGGUGGGGGGCGGAGCGCACUCUGGUAGACAGGGGGGACACUAGGACGCCACGCGCGGGGG